ACACACACACAUACACACAACACACACUCUGUCAUAAACGCACAGUCAUGCCAUGGUCGUGCAUGCUGUGUGGACUCCCAACUCCUGCCUGCGCACGUAUCUACCCGCCGAUGCAUUCUGGAAGGGAGAUACGUAGGCAGUUGAAUGAGUCCCAACCGUAAAAUGGUUGGCUCGUAGCCGCCGCCGCAAGUUGAAGGUGUUUAUAAGCAAGAUGACUCGGAAUAAUUUGGCAGUAUCCUACUUUACACUUGCUAGACGAAAACCGGCUUUUGUCAUAUUUCAGAACUACUAAAUUCAAUUCGGCCUGCAGGAUAUCUUUGUGUGUUUAUAAUUCAUUGUAUACCUCUGGUUUAUCGCCAAAUAGCAUUGCUGGAAUACAUGUGCAUCAUUAUAUUCAGGAUUUGUUUACCUUUACGAGUACAUGUAUGUGAUUUACAUCGAAAGAUUCUCUGAGGUGUGCUUCGUGUUUCAAGUAACGAAUAAUCACGGAAUAGUCACUGGACUGCUCUGAAUAUUGCGGAUCUAUCAACUGCAGAAAUAUUUUGGAAUACUUUAUUCUUGUCUUGUCUCUGUGUGGAAUUUAUUUCAAGAGUGAUCACUUCACCAGCUGGAAAACUGUUAUACCUUGAGAGAGUGAAGAGAAGAAACUCCUUGUCUCGCUUUUUCUCCCUAGUAUGAUCCAAGCUGGACGUCAACAUUGCUCAACAACAGAAUUCUUCGCAUAAUGGCAAAGAGGGAGCCCUUCCCAAUAGCAAAAAUAUGGACCCACCACGUGUACCCCCGAAGCCCCCCGUCACCGACCCGGCUAGCAACCCGCCCAGCGAAUGGCCACAGAAAGGAAUCCGUCACAAGAUUGGUUGCGACGGAAGCAUCACCUUCACCAGUACCAAACAUCCCGCCAACGCCUUCAAGAUUGUUAGCGAACUGCGGGAGAACCGCGAUUUGUGCGAUGUGACGCUAAUCGUCGAGACUGUAAAAUUUCACGCCCACAAGGUGGUGCUAGCAUCAUGUAGUCAGUACUUCAAGGCAAUGUUCACAAGCGGGUUCCACGAGUGCUCUAAGCAGAGCAUAGAGAUCAAGGAUGUACAUCCAUGCAUCUUCUCGCGGAUAAUGGACUUCAUCUACACCUCCGAGAUCACGAUCACCGAGUGCAGUGUUCUGGAGCUUUUGCCAAAAGCCAUUAUGUUCCAGAUAACAGACAUUGUGGAUGCGUGUUGUAAUUUUCUAGAGCACCAGUUGGACCCAACAAACUGUAUAGGAAUUUCAAUGUACGCGGAAGAACAUAGUCUACGUAGUCUAUCAGAACAUGCCAGUAUGUUUGUGUUCCGUCACUUCUGUGAAGUAUCGCAAUCGGAAGAGUUCAUGAACCUCAACCUGGUGCAGCUUUUAACUGUCAUCAAACAUGACAAGCUCAAUGUCUGGUGCGAGUCGGAGGUCUACGACGCCUGCCUCAGAUGGGUGCGCCACAAGGAAGACGAACGUAGACCAUACCUUGAGAAACUCUUUAACUGUGGAGCCAUCCGCGUUGAGCACCUCUCACCAGCAUUCCUCAAGAGGCAGUUGGAUCGUUGCGACAUUCUCAGGGACGAGCCGAAAUGCAAAGACUACCUGUCCAAAAUCUUCCAAGAACUGCAGCUGCACAAGUCCUUCAAGACGCCAAAGCGCAAUCCCAUCUCGGCGUGCGCCAUCUACACCGCCGGGGGCUACCUCCGUCAGUCGUUGACAACGGUAGAAUGUUACAACCCCGAGGAGGAUCGGUGGCUCAGGUUGGCCGACCUCCCGGAGCCAAGAAGUGGACUCAGUGCAGCAACCAUUCAUGGUUUUUUUUAUGUGGUAGGGGGAAGGAACAAUACCGCGGAGGCCAAUACGGACUCCAAUCGCCUUGAUGCGUACAAUCCCCUCAAUAAUCAAUGGAAAACACUCCCUCCCAUGAAUCACCCUAGGAAUAGAGUGGCGGUAGCGGUACUAGAUGGAUUAUUGUAUGCUGUAGGAGGAUCGCAUCAAUGUAAUCAACACAAUAGUGCAGAAAGGUAUAAUCCAGACGAAGAGAAAUGGUCCAUGAUCGCUCCCAUGCAUACAAAAAGGAUAGGGGUCGGGUGCGCGGUCGUCAACAGGUUACUUUACGCCGUCGGGGGAUUUGACGGCGUCAAUCGUCUCAACACGGUCGAAUGCUACCAUCCCGAGAACGAUGAAUGGACGAUGGUGACCGCCAUGAACACCCGGCGUAGUGGAGCAGGAGUGACCAGCCUGAAUGGGUCCAUAUACGCAGUGGGCGGCUACGACGGGAUGAGCCAACUCAACAGUAUGGAACGCUACGACGUGGAGAACGACCGCUGGGAAUUCAUGGCGUCUAUGAACUCGAGACGCAGCGCCCUCAGUGUUGACGUAGUCGGCGGCAAGGUCUAUGCAUUAGGUGGUUACGACGGUCAAGACUUCUUAUCGUCCGUCGAGUGCUACGACCCGAUGGCGGACACUUGGCAAGUAGUCACUAACAUGUGCAGUGGGCGGAGUGGGGCGGGCGUGGCCGUCGGCAUGGAACCGUGCAAGACGGGUAUGUGCGGUGGCAGCAACUCCAAUCGGUGACAGUAGCCAUAAGCAGGGAGCGGAGGAGGUGUUUCGGCCGGAUCCCGAUUGAUUUGGGAUCGUACGGACGCGAAGAGGGGUUCGGGAACCGCCAAGGAACCAUCAGUACACGUGGGGCACUUCGGAACUUGUAAGAGAGAGGCCAUCUUUCAACGUUGCAGAAAGAUUCGUGAGGAAAUAUAUUCUCAAGAUGCCCUUCGGAGCUUGAAGAUGCGCAGUUCGAUGCCUGAUCAACGUGGCAUGUUUGUAAAGCUUUGGCAUUGUGAUUAUUCUCUCCCUUGCUUAGCCCUCCUUAAAGUGUAAUGAAUGUUAUUGUGCUUUUGUCAUACCCUUUGCUUCCGCUCCACUGCUUGGUACUUGUAGGUCUGUACCAGAAUUAGCUGCCGAUGACGAGAAAACAGUUUUUGAGUUAUGCACAGAAGUAGAUGAAGAUGGUUUUUUGAUUUCAUUCAUCCAAGAAUUAUGUGAUUUUUUUUUUUUUUUUUUUUUUGCAAACGGUGAUAGGUAGAAGUAUAUUCUCAAUGCAACUUGAAUGCAACUCCUGUGAUUCCAAGUCUUAGGGGGGUGUUUCACAAAGAUUCAAUUUUGACUGAAAGUCACUCUUAAAUUUCCAUCUGCGUGCUGUAUAUAACCCAUCACCACAUUGGUCAGAGGUCAUUCAGAGGACGUGCAACGCUGCCUAGUCAUCAAUGAGAUUAUACGUUAGAUACCAUGUGCGUGUUGGUGUGAAGGCAACACUCAAAUCACAUUUGAAUUUUUGUGAAACAGCCCCCAAAUAUAGCAAUAGUCACUCUGUGUGAGUUUGAGCACCCCUGAUGUUCAGAGUAUGAUCUAUAUUCCUUUGUUUAUUGUUCAUUAACCUUGUCAGAAGCACAACUUGUGAAGUCCGUUCCAAUGUAAGCCACUGGAGGGACUUUGGGUGCGUUCACUCUCACCUAUUGUGUUUUUUGUCUCUUUUUUUUUCUUUUUUGUUCUUUUUAUACGGUUUACACAUCAAUAAUGGUGAUACAUGUACUAGUACCUAUGUAGAACCUAUUUUUGAGAAUAAUAAAUAAUAUUGUUGUUAGACUAAACUAACCCUUUGAGUGCUCAAAAUCAGACAAAAUAUAUGAAAAGAUCCAUCCAGCGUAUGAAAAUAUCAAUUCAUUUUGGGCCCAUUAUUAAUAUAUAUUGUUCAGUGCCUGAAGAAUAAUUUCAGGGAAAAUAAUCACCAAAUCUUGAAAUUGGCAACACAACUGAAAUGUCAAUAUUGCUAUUUACCCAUGAUGUACAUUGAAAAAUGUACGACAUUUAAUGACAUACAUGUAAGCUAUUAAAUUAUCAAUAUUCAUUCAUUUAACAUGUAAAAUUAAAAAAGAAAAUUGCAUAAAUGGCAAAAAUACUAGUGUAGCCAAUUUGAAAAAUAACAACUGAUCAAUAAUGGCUUUGAAAAAUUAAUUGUACCAUAUUUUGAUAUUAUACUUUCACUGAUUCAAGUUAUCCAAUAUUAGACAGAGGUUAGAUACAAAAAUAGAACACUAUAACACAGAUUUUUUUUUUUAAUAGAUAUUUUCUUUUUAUGACAUCUUUUUUUGCUAUGAAAUGUUAUUUUCUUUUGAUUGCAUUUACCUUUGAACAGAGAGGCGAAUGUACACAUCAUCUUGCCAACGAAUGAGAGUCUAAUUUGUUUCAAAAGCCAAUGAUUGGUUAUUCUGUGUUGUGUGUGGGAAGAUUUGUUCUAUCGUUCAUCAAUUUUAGUUGAGUGGACGGUUGUGUAGGGUUAUAGCCCAUUUGUCUCCAUUCCGCUGUGUUGUUAAUUAGCGAUAUUAGGAUAUUAAUAUUUGUUUGUAGUUGUCAGAAUUUUAAAUGUGGUUACCUCCAUAUAUCAAGAUCAUUAAUUCAAUAUACAAUGUCAUGUCCUCGAUGUUUAUUGUAUUCAACUUUUUUGAUGGAUGAUGGUGGUAAAAACCUUAAAAUGAAAAAAACUGUCAAGUUCCAUUUAGAUUGAACUCUCCGUUUACAAUACCGUCAAAUCUUUUGAUAAUUUCAUCCCUUUUUUUUUAUAAAUCAACUUUCUAUAUACCCUUUUAUGUAGCAAUGAAUGUAAGUGGGGGGUAUACUAACAGUUGUUACUCAUCAAUACUUAUUUUAUUCAUGUCCAUGUGUACAUCCAAUGCAAAACAAUCGUUAUAAUUGUUGUUCUGUUUUGAUUUUAACGACAAUUCAUGCCUUGAGCGCUCUCUUGAGUGGAUACGAGUGCUUCUUGAAUAGCAUUAUUGUUAUCACAUGGUCAAGUAUAGGUUUCUGUAUUUUAUCCACAUGGCUCUGGUAUCAAUGAGGAGUAAUUACCCAAACCCAACAGAUGGUGUAUAGCAUUCGGUGAAUCUAGAGUGAGCGAUUUAUGAGUUUUUGUCAAAUUUGAAUAUGAGCCUGAUGAAAUAUAUUCUGAAUAAACAUUGUCGAUGUUACCUGAGCUAAGAGACUGAGGGAGGUGGGGCGUCAGAUUAGCCACUAAAUUUGUACAUACGAGAGUUAUAUAUUGUGCGAUUCGAGAAAAUAUAUAUAUGUUUUCAUGAUAUGUAUAUAUGUGUUCAACUGUAUAUUUUUGUCAUCUUUAAAGUGCUGGGUAUAUGGAAGCACAAAUGAAUGUGUGUCACUCAAGUUUGUCUGCAGUAUGGAUGUCUGUGGGAAACCCUGCUCGUAGCUUAUUUCUUGUGAAGAAAUAUGACUUGUAGCCCUCUACAAGACCAAUGUGAAACAUGAACAUGGAAAACAUGCAACUUUUUGUGUUAAUAUCUCCCUUUGCAUUUGAUUAUGCAUUGUCUAAACAUGCAGACACAAGUUCUUGCGAUGAGAAUUAAUUGCCUCCUUGCAACUCUCAUUUUGCAUAGUUAAGUUAUAUUUUAGACCAAAAAAAAUCAAUUAUUACAAAGUUGGUAUCGUUCUUGUAACCUUUUCAAACUGCAGCAGAAUUUAAUGGUGCAAUUUAUUUCUAAGUCCUCAAAUGAAAGGCAGGAGUGGCACAGGGUGCAUAGGCGGCAUUAUUUUAUGUAGAAAACUCUGUUUUAAAGAGGUUCUACAAAAUAGGUAACUUUUCUCGAGACAGAGAUAAAUUUUAAAAAAAUGCUCAAUGCAGGAAAUAAUUGAAUUAUUAACCCCUACUGGUUGAAAAUUUACUUGUCAUUCAACAUUUCUCUCAAGUAUACUGCAUCAGAAUUUUUGUAAUUUGUUAAUUUUGUUUCCUUUUUUGGUUUACAGGUGACAUAAUUCUUUGGGAGCACUUUACAUUGUAUUCGGGGUGGUUUUACCAUAUAUGUAAGUUACAUAUAAAUCAGUUGUAAUGUGAGUUGUAAGUUUAAACUCUAAAAGGAACUCCGACAAUUGAGUAUGAAUUUUGUGUAAUUAUUGGUUCAAGAAUUUUGCCUAUUUAUUGCAGAGUUUAUGUAUUCUUAUCAGCAUGCAAUAUGCCAUUGGAAAAAGUAACAAUAGAAUUUCAGGUUUGAAAUGUUGGAUUGGAAGAAACUUUUUUGAGUGAAAAUGAAAGUAUUACGUGUAAUAUGUCUUCCAUUUCAUUUUGCUUAAAAUCCGUAAGUUGAUUUGUUUUUUUAAGCCGAUUGAUUUGAAAACUUGCUUGAUGAUGUUCCAUUUUAAAUGUGAAAUUAAAAAAAUAA